ACAUGAACAACAAGCUCUUCAAGAUACUUUCCUCAAUCGCCUUGGUAUCGACAUGCGCUGCCACUCAAGCACUCACGCAGAGCCAGACAUUUACUAUUAAACCUCGACAUCGACCUGCGGCGAUCAAAGCACAUUCGUCCCGGAAGUACGAUACCAUCAGCGUAAACGUGCAUCCUGAGUUUCAAGGGUCUAGCAGGAUGCUAGGGAAUGCGGGGCCGUUGUCAGCACUGGCGAACAUAAUCUGAUGGCGCAUCGCCCUUGCCGUCAAAGAAGAAGAAAACAGUGCCAUCGGCUAUCCAGGUGAUAUCAAGAAGGAUGAGCUGCACCCACGUUUCGUGA